AUGCCCACCUCUCAGACGCAUGGGUUGGCUCCUGGCCGCCAGGCCCCCGUCGUUCUCCUGACGGACCGCCUGGAGAAGCCGUCCCUGGACGACCGCGAUUAUCGUGUCGUUCGGCUCGAGAACGACCUCGAGGCUUUGCUGGUUCAUGACCCCGAGACGGACAAGGCUAGCGCCGCCCUCGACGUCAACGUUGGAAACUUCAGCGACGAAGAUGGCAUGCCAGGAAUGGCGCACGCCGUCGAGCAUCUCUUGUUCAUGGGUACCAAGAAAUUCCCUAUCGAGAACGAGUACGGCCAGUACUUAUCUGCCAACUCGGGCAGUUCCAACGCCUACACUGCCUCCACCUCCACCAACUACUACUUCGACAUUGCGGCUAAACCCGACAAUGACGAGGACCCUUCGGAUUCCAACCCUUCCCCGCUGCGAGAGGCUCUCGAUCGCUUUGCCCAAUUCUUCAUCGAGCCCCUUUUCCUCUCCAACACGCUCGACCGGGAGCUGAGAGCCGUCGACUCGGAGAACAAGAAGAACCUGCAGAACGAUACCUGGCGACUUCAUCAACUCGAAAAGUCAUUGUCUAAUCCAAAGCACCCUUAUUGCCAUUUCUCGACCGGAAAUUUCGAGGUCCUCAAGACGAUUCCUGAAUCACAAGGCAUCAACGUAAGGGACAAGUUCAUCGAGUUCCAUGCCCAGCACUACUCGGCCAACCGCAUGAAGCUUGUCGUGCUCGGCCGCGAGCCCCUUGAUGUUCUGCAGAAAUGGGUCGUGGAGCUCUUUUCCCCAAUCGUCAACAAGAAGCUUCCCCCGAACCGCUGGACGGACGAGGUCCCCUUCCGACCCGAAGACCUCGGGAUGCAAUGCUUUGCGAAGCCCGUCAUGGAUUCAAGGGACUUGAACCUGAUCUUCCCCUUCAUCGACGAGGAAGCGCUCUUUGAGUCACAGCCCAGCAGGUACAUCAGCCAUUUGAUUGGACACGAGGGCCCUGGCAGCGUCAUGGCCUACGUCAAGAGCAAGGGGUGGGCGAACAGCUUGUCCGCUGGCGCAUACCCUGUCUGCCCCGGAACUCCGGGAAUUUUCGAGGUGCAGAUUCGCAUGACCGAAGAGGGCUUGAAGAACUAUCCCGAGAUUGUCAAGAUCUUUUUCCAAUACGUCUCGCUGCUGCGAGAGUCGCCGCCACAAGAAUGGAUCUUUGACGAGCAAAAGGGCAUGGCAGAUGUUGAUUUCAAGUUCAGGCAAAAGACCCCGGCCAGUCGGUUCACGAGCAGAACCAGUUCGGUGAUGCAAAAGCCGCUUCCCCGCGAGUGGCUGCUCAGUGGCCACAGCCGUCUUCGAACGUUUGACCCGAAGUUGAUCAAUGAUGCCUUGGGCAAGAUUCGACCCGACAAUAUGCGGAUGGUCAUAGUGUCCCGAAACUUCCCUGGGUCCUGGGAUAAGAAGGAAAAGUGGUACGGUACUGAGUAUAGCCACGAGCAGAUACCCGCCAGCUUGAUGGAGGGGCUGCAGCAGGCCAUUGCCUUGCCUCCGUCAGCUCGCCUUGCGGAGCUGCACCUGCCACACAAGAACAACUUCAUCCCCAACAAGCUCGAGGUCGAGAAGAAGGAAGUGGCAGAACCUGCACCGGCCCCACGCUUGCUGCGCAACGACUCCGUCGCCCGGACCUGGUGGAAGAAAGAUGACACAUUCUGGGUGCCCAAGGCCAACGUCAUGGUCAGCCUCAAGAACCCCAUCAUUUUUGCCACCGCGGAGAACAGCGUCAAGGCCCGGCUCUUCACAGAGUUGGUACGAGACGCUCUGGAGGAGUAUUCGUACGAUGCGGAGCUCGCCGGUCUGCAGUACACUGUGUGUCUCGAUUCACGUGGUCUCGAGUUGGACAUUUCUGGAUACAACGACAAGCUUCCUGUGCUUCUGGAGCAAGUCGCCGUCACCCUACGCGACCUCGAAAUCAAGGACGAGCGUUUUGACAUUGUCAAGGAGCGCCUUACCCGUGGCUACGACAACUGGCAGCUGCAGUCAUCGUACCAACAGGUCGGCGAGUACAUGGCGUGGCUCAACGCAGAGCGCGACUUUGUCGUGGAAGAGCUUGCGGUAGACUUGCAAAACAUCACCGCCGAUGCAGUGAGGCUGUUCCACAAGCAAAUGCUGGCGCAGCUCUACAUCGAGGUGUACGCACACGGCAACAUGUACAAGGGUGAGGCACUGAAGGUGACGGAUAUGGUGGAGUCAAUCCUCAAGCCUCGCACCCUUCCCCGAUCGCAGUGGCCCAUCAUUCGAUCUCUGGUCCUUCCGCCCGGGUCGAACUUUGUCUUCAACAAGACUCUGAAGGACCCGGCCAACGUGAACCAUUGCGUCGAGACCUUCUUCUUCGUCGCUGAUAGAAGCGACCAAGUCGCUCGCGCAAAGACGUUGCUGAUCGACCAAAUGGUGCACGAGCCUGCUUUUGAUCAACUCAGGACCAAGGAGCAGCUUGGAUACAUCGUCUUCUCAAGCAUGCGCGUCUUUGCCACCGUGUGUGGUUUCCGUUUCCUGGUGCAGAGCGAGAGGACCCCCGAGUAUCUGGAUCGCAGGAUCGAGGCUUUCCUUGCCCGCUUUGGUCAAUCUCUCAACGAAAUGAGCGAUACCGAGUUUGAAGGCCACAAGAGGAGUCUCAUCAAUAAGCGUCUAGAGAAGCUGAGGAACCUGGAUCAGGAAUGGUCCAGGCAUUGGACUCAUAUCUCGAAUGAAUACUACAGCUUCGACCAAGCCAAAAUUGAUGCGGAACACGUCAAGAGCUUGACCAAGGCCGAAAUGGUUGAAUUCUUCAACCAGUACUUCAGCCCGGCCUCAAACAAGCGAGCGAGGAUCUCUGUGCACAUGCACGCCCGAGGCGCUGGCGAGCUGGACCUGAAGGUCAUUGACCUGCUGCAGUCACUGGGCUUGAACGACGUUCCGCGCGAGAAACGCCAGAACGUGGGUCUCCUCGAGGGCUACCUGAAGGAUGACCUGAAGCUUCCGGAGAGCGAGAGAGCCACCAUCACCUCGAAGGCUAAGGAGCUCGGACUGAGCCAGAUGACGCACAAUGAUGAGCCUGGUGCAGCCACAGCAGGAGCAGUGUCUGCUGUGGACUCUGCCGAGGAGAUCACCGACGUACGCCAGUUCAAGGCUGGCCUCUUCGCCAGCCUGGGAGCCAGACCGAUCAAGGAUCUCAGCGACUCGCCCUCGCCCGACACCGCCUUGCCCUCGUGCGAACCCGACGACAACCCGGCAUUCUCCUUCUCUGCGGCCUCCGGGCUCGACUCGCCUCUGUACAACCGUGCCGACUCUCUGCCGGCCUCCAGCCUGCCCCCGCGGCUCCAGACGCAGGUCGGCUCCCUCGUCUCCGCAGACUACGCCUCCUCUGUGGCCUCGUCGUCGCCCUGUGCAUCGGCGUACGCUGAGCUCUCCCUCGAGAGCGACCGAGGAGGCGACGACACUGCUUCGGCCCGGACCACCGCCCGAAGCCAGUCCCCGUUUCGCAUCUCGAGGAGGGCCAUUAUGAACGGCGAUGCCGAGCUGCCUCACCGUUCCUCUUCGCCACUCAAACGACGAGCCUCCAACAUGGAGCACGACCCAGACGCGCAUAAGAACGGUGACGAUUCCGAGAUGACGGCGACUCAAGCCCCCGGUGAAGAAAAUGUUCCCCCGGGCGGCUUCCCCCGUGCCAUGAGCGUUGAUAUUCCGGAGGCGGAUGCCUCUAAAGAAGUCGACGAUAUUACGUCGCAGCCCCCUCCCCCACUUCAGGAGCAGAUCAAGAUUAUUGAAACCCUCUUGAAGGCGUUUGCCGAAGCACCUGUCCAGGAGGGGAGCACGGCAUAUUUGGUGUCCCGGACAUGGGUGGAAAAGGCCCUUGACCUUCGCGCUGAUUCCAAGGCGUCCAAGGUAGCCUCUGAGGAUGCUUCCCUUGGCCCCGUCGACAACUCGGACAUUAUUGAAGAAGUCCUCAAAGAUUCCACCGGGAAGGACUUCGUGCGCCUCAAGCCAGGCUCUGGACUUGAGUCAUUCGAGUUGUUCCCCGAGGAUGCCUGGAAGAUGGUUGUUGCGUGGUACGGCAUCCAGGACGGACAGGUCGCCAUCGUUCGAACUGCAGUCAACACCGCCGACAGCAAGCAAGCGCCACCGAACAUCAUGUACGAGUUCCACCCGCCUGUCUUCCGGGUCCAUCGACUCUGGUCGCAAGUCAGCCCUUUGCCAAUCGAGCAGAGUCUCAAGGCCGACAACCCACCACCCGUGGUUGUUGCGAGGAGCGCCACCACUCAUGCGCAGAACUUUUUGAGGGAGCUCAAGACCCUCACCGGCAUUCCGAAAGACCGCAAGAUGCGGUUGUUCAGACUAGCCCCCGAUUUCCAGCCUGCGGACAACCCGGCUGAGCAGCGUUCUGCUCUCACCCCUCCGGAUUCUCCCGAACGGGGACUAGGCCAGGAAGCGUGGUCUCACCUUCUCCUGAGCAUUGUGGCGUUCGGCUCUACCCGCGACCACAGGACGCAACUGCACCUUGCCGAUCAGACUACUAAUGAUAAAUUCAACGGUCAAGCUGCCCUCCAACAUUACGAUUUGACCGCCGACUGCGUUCUCAUUCUCGAUGAGGCCAUUGGAACGACGAGCUGGGUCAGCUCAUACACCGGCAAGGAGAAGAUAUCUCAAAAAGCAAUGCCUUCCCGGAACGCCCUCUCGCUGUCGUCAAAACCCAACAGCAACAGGAGCAGCCCGGGUCGGGACGGGCCAGUGACCAGGGCUCGAGCGCAGAAGAAGCGGUUUGGCCGGAACACCGGAGCUGUCGGUCUGCAUAACCUGGGAAAUACUUGCUACAUGAACUCAGCACUGCAGUGUGUCCGAAGCGUUGAGGAGCUUACCAAGUACUUCCUGACCGAAUCAUAUCUUCCCGAGAUCAACCAGACCAAUGUCCUCGGAUACGAAGGCAGGGUUGCCAGCGCAUAUGGAAGUCUUCUCAGGGAAAUCUAUGAGGAGGGACGCGGCUCCGUGAGCCCCCGAGACUUCAAGUCUACCGUGGGCCGUUGCCGCCCGACAUUCUCUGGAUGGGGCCAACAGGAUUCCCAGGAAUUCUUGGGAUUUCUGCUUGAUGCUCUUCAGGAGGAUUUAAGCCGGAUCAAGAAGAAGCCCUACAUCGAGAAGCCUGAUUCCACCGACGACAUGAUCAACGACCCCGAAGCAAUCCGCAAGAUGGCGGACGAGGUCUGGGACAUUACUCGCAAGCGCGAUGACUCGGUCAUUGCCGACCUCUUCACUGGCAUGUACAAGUCGACUCUUAAGUGCCCAGAGUGCGGCAAAAUCAGCAUCACGUUCGACCCUUUCAACAACCUGACGUUGCCAUUGCCGGUCCAGAACAUGUGGGUUAAGACCGUCAAGUUCUUUCCGCUCAACGACGUCCCGGUGAAGAUCGAGGUUGAGCUACCGAAACAUAGCUCUGUUGAUGCACUGAAGCAAUUCAUCUCCGAACGAACUGGUGUACCGGUGGAGCGUCUCAUGGGUGCCGAAGAGUUCAAGGAUCGCUUCUUCAAGAUCUAUGACGGUAGCCAUGACAUAUCCGAGGAGAUCCAGCACACAGAUACACCGACAAUGCAUGAGCUGGAUGCUGUGCCUACAAAUUGGCCCAGCAAGGUCCCGCGCAAGAAGUACAGGUCUAUGCUGGACAUUGACUCGCCACCAGAGUCCUCCGAUUCGGAUGACGAGCAGUCUGACACCCUCGUGGUCCCUCUCCUCCACCGCCGCCCACAAGUCCCCGGACGUGGGCCGGAUGGCAUGCCACCGCCACAAUUCAUCACUCUGAACAGAAAGGAAGCCUCCAGCCUUGACGUCAUUCGUCGAAAGGUCCUUGAAAAGGUGGCCACACUUACCACGUGGUCGACGCUGGCAGAUGCAGCGCACGAGAGCGACAACGCAGAUUCCGCUGAUGGAGACAUGGUCGUCACCACGUCGUCCGAUGCCGACUCUUCGGGAGAUGGCAAAGUUGCAGCUCGUUCGGUGUCGGGCGAGGAGGACAUGGUCGACGUGACAAUGAGGGACGCCGUCGACAGCCAACAUGCCAACUCCAAGAUCCUGAAACAGUUCAACACCCGGCGUCCGAAAUUCAUUAGCCCGGAUACCUUCUUGGACCCAGAGCUACAGAAUCUUUUCGAUCUGUCUUACUUCAGAAGCGAUUCUGACGGCCCGGUCCCCACGGGAUGGUCCAGCGUCGACAACACCAGGACCCUUCCGAAGCUCACGGACCGUAUCCCUGAAACGAAGGAUGCCGAAGAUGAAAGCCCAGAGAGCGUCGGUAGCACUGGUUCCGGCAACGAAGACAGCAGUAAUGAAGAUGAAGGACCCGAGGAGCCAGCCCAAACACGGAUGGCAGAGGAAUCAAGUGACGAGGAUGCAAGCCCGGUUGCUAGAUUCGCGGGUCGACAUGGACGACAGCAUCACAAGUCUGGGCCCGGUGGGCGCAAGAAGUUCAAGGGCCACAAGACGUACGGUAAGAAGGGCAACAAGCGACGAGAUAAGCAGAUGCGCGGUGGCAAGCAUGCACACCGUGCUACUCAAGUCGAGCCCCAGCCCAUGCCUCCUGCCGUCGCAGACGGCGGACCUCUGGUCCGCCUAUACGAAGGCCUCGUCGUCGACUGGAACGAAGAGGCCUGGGAGAUGGUGUUCGGCAACAUUGGGCGGCGUGACGACUCCACUGAGGGCGCCAAGACAUACUCGGACAUUGAGACAGUCCACGACAAUGCGCUCAAGCUUACUCAGAGGCGACGCCAGAGUCGUAAGAAUAAGGGCAUCACUUUGGAGGAAUGCUUGGACGAGUUCGAGCGAGCCGAGGUCCUCUCGGAGCAGGACAUGUGGUACUGCCCACGAUGCAAGGAACACCGCCGCGCAAGCAAGAAGUUCGAUCUGUGGAAGACGCCGGAUAUCCUCGUAGCCCAUCUCAAGCGAUUUAGCAGCUCAGGCUGGCGCCGCGACAAGCUCGACGUUCUGGUCGACUUCCCCAUCGAGGACCUCGACCUGACAUCGAGAGUCAUCCAGAAGGAGGACGGCAAGGAUGAGAUCUACGACUUGAUCGCUGUUGAUGAUCACUAUGGCGGCCUCGGUGGUGGGCACUACACUGCCUACGCGAAGAACUUUGUCGAUGGACGCUGGUACAGCUUUAAUGAUUCGUCUGUCCACGUCGUUUCCGACCCGACAAACGUGGUCACAAACGCAGCGUACCUGCUGUUCUAUCGCCGGCGGUCCAGCAAGCAUCUGGGCGGCCCCCGCUUCGACGAGAUUUUCGCCAAGUACGACAAGGAGAGCUCUCAGUCGGAUGACGAGGCGACCGAAUCCAGCGAGGAUGGCCGUGCGUCGGUCAAGACAACGGUAAAACAAAUCGUUGACGUCGAAGACGACGACCCGCCGCUGUAUGACGGGUCAAUUCGGCGAAGCAUAGAGGACGAUGGGGAGGAGACGCAGGACGGUUAUCGAAACCUGGGCUCAAAGUCUCUCGACAUGACGCAGGGCUGGAGCUUUGACAGGCUGUCUGGCAGCGGCCCUGAGGGCUCCAACACCGCCGACUGUGCCAGCGACGACGCUCAGUUCGAUUCGGGCGACGAGCAAGGUAACGAAGCCGCUGAUCAAGACACGGACAUGGCGUCGGUGACUGUCGACGAGUCCGGGCACUGGGAAGGACAAGAUGUACUCUCAGUGCCAGCUAAUGAGGCAGGCGACCGGGACUCGGAGGAAGUCGCCGAGAUCCAUUUGGAGGGCGACAAGGCCGGCCGCGGCUAG